AUGGCUGAACUCUUCGGAAUCGCUGCCGGUGUGGCAGGUUUCGUGUCCCUCUCGGUGCAGAUCGGUGAGGGUGUCAGCAAGCUGCGAGCUAUCCGCGACAGUGCGGGCAAGGCUGCGACCGACAUCAGUACUCUCAUCCGCGAGCUGGAUCUCUUGACACAUGUCAUGCAGGACGUUAUCGCGCAUGCCUCGAGCCGCAAUGACUCUGUCAUUCAACACUGCCAAGCGGACUGUGACCAAGUUGUCCGCGAUCUGAAGUCGCUGAUCACGAAAAUACCGCGAACAUCGAAAAGCGCUAUGAAGGCCAGCGCGCUUAAGCUCCUCGCCUUUCGCGACUGGACGGAGAAUGUUACGGCUCUGCAGCGAAGCAUCCAGGGAGCAAAGAUCAACUUGAUUCUAAUCACUACUUCCAGGAACUCGAACCAGCUGAAUGAACUAACCUUAGUCAGUCAGCUUCACACCUCGAUAGCAACAGCAGACCCUCCUGGAGAGCCGGCCUCGGAGCUGGUUUCGACUGCUGCUUCAGACUCAACCCAAUCUCUGACCGCCUCAGUUGGUACAGUGUCAAGAAGAAGGCAAUUAAAGACUAGACCCAAGCGAAAUUGUCUUUCGAGACCGUGCUCUUGUGUUUGCCAUCGCACGAGCAGGACAAAGAGUCGCUUCUGGGCUCUAGAGUAUACCCCUUGGGGGGCUUUCCAGCAAAGCUGCGACCUGGAGGCAUGCACCGCGACCAAAUACGGAGCUUCGGUCAGGCUUGCUCUCUCGCAGCUUGGUAUAAGAUGGGCAGUGGAGCUUGAGGUCUAUGCCAUCACAGCCGCAGGCAAAUUCUCCCUUCGUCCGAGUCUCGAAGUGGAGCAAAUUGUGCCGUACACAUCGCCAGGUUUCGAAAUCAUAUGGAGGUGCGAGACUUCUAGGAUUAGCUUUGAAGAGGCUAGCAGAAGCCUGAGGCAGCUCCACGAAGCAGAUCCAUACGGUUUCAAGCGGCAUGUGAAUCCAGGAGGGAAGUCUUACAUCGAGGAAGUUCUAAGGUACCCGUGGAGGAUGGGAAAGAACCAGAUCCAAUGGAAACUACUAAGACUCUUUAUGCAAGAAUUUGAGAUGACAAAAGGGACUGAAAGUGCAGCAUUUCUUGUGCAGUGCGCAAAGUGGAUUGGCGAAGGCCCACACUUGGACUUGUUGGAAACUCUUCUUCAUCUGGGUUACGACAUAUCCGAAGUUGUUGGUGAUUUUCAAGACUGGCCACAACUGUCAUCACCGAACUGGAUGUCAGAAGAACAUACCCCUGACCCUUUUUUCAUUGAAUACUUCGGAAUUGUGUGCAAACAAAACCAAGGAUUCGCUGGAUUGACACCCCUCCACGAAGCUAUAUUACUUGAGUCGACUGACGUAGUAGUCAAGUGGAUCUCUAAAUCUAGAAAAGAUGAAAAGAACAGCCUUGGGCAGACACCCCUUCACCUGGCUGUUGCUGAUCCUCAACGCAUGGGUGCACUCAUCGAGGCGGGACACAACGUGAACAGCACUGAUAUCCACGGCAUCACACCUCUAAUGUACGCUGCCGCCGCAAAUCAAGCCGAGUCUGCCAUCCUUCUUAUAGAAGCCGGAGCCAGCAUCAACGCUGUUGACACCAUGUAUAGACGCGAUUUUCUAUACUACGCCGCCGCCCGUAGGCACUGGAGGUUUAUUAUCAAAUUCCUUCUUCUACUCGAAGACCUCGCCGAAGACCUCGCUGAAAAAGGGAUUGUGGAGACUUGGGCCCAAAGCGCUGUCAUUCUUUAUCAUGUCAUAUACCCUAGCUGGUAUGAAGAUCACGAAAUCUCUCUUCAUCAGCUUUUGAUGAAGUGUAGUACGGCCAACUUCACUUUCGAUAAUAUAACUUUUGGCACUAAAGACAACUGUCUGCUACAUUACAACACCAGCAUCACAGACUUCGGGGUUUUGCUGGAAAAUGGAUUCGAACUAUUCAAUCACAUGAACAGCCAUGGCCAAACUCCUCUGAUGGUUGCCGCCAAAUUCUGCGAACCUGACUUGGUCAAAAAGCUUGUCGAAGUUGGAGCUGACGUCAACCUCAAAGAUUCGUAUCACCGAACAGCACUACACUUCGCUCUUAGUAAGGUUCAAAAUAAUCUAGAUCACGGUUUCUGGAUUGCCAUGGAGAUUAUGCGGAUACUGCUGGCCCGAGGCGCGGAUGUCUUCACUACAGAUGGCUGCAUAUGCCCCUGUUCAUCUGGUGGCCGUCUCUCGGCUAUUGACUUGAUUAAUUCUUCCGCCUAUUGGCGGCAGAGUAGAUGGGGCAAGUCUUUGGUUGGGGCAAUUGAGCUUCUGUGUCUGACGACAGAAUAUAGAGGAGAGCAAGAAGGAAAAGAUUUGCUGCUUUAUUUCCUUCAACGGGAGAAGCAUGAGGAGCUUGGAAUGUCCCAUCUGUGUCUUCAGCGGCAUCCAUCGGAUGGCCUCUACGGCUUUACUGAUUCGUCCCGGUCAGUACGCCUUCAAGAUGAAGACAUCGACGCUAUAAUGGACGAAGAGUCCGAGUUUCUUGAUAUUCUGGAAAUCGAGAUGGAGGAAUCAAAUGCCAAGAAUUAUGAGCAGCUGCUCAACGACUGGUUUUAUCAGAUGAAGAGGAGAUUUGAGAAAUUGGUUGAGGAGGAAGAAAGUGAAUCGAUCAAGAAACGGGCGAAAGUGAAUGAUCAAAUCAAGGUAUUGUGA